UUUCAGAGAUGGCCGACAGAAAGAGCAGCAGCAGUGCAGGUGUCAGCUCUCGACUGACCGUCAGGAGGAAAGAAAAAGCAGAAAAUGAGGCCAAGAAAGAGGAGAAACCCUCUAAGGAAGGAGAGAAAGUCGAGGUGAACGGGACAAGCGUGCCGGAGGAGACCGGAGAGGCUGCCACCGGAAACGGAGCCCCGGCGAACGGAGAGAACGCAGAGAAACCGGAGCCCAUGGAGCUGCCACCGUUUGAGAUCAUCACCGGGGAUCGCAUGGACCCGUUUUUCUACAAGUUCCAGUUCAAGAACGUGGAGUAUUCUUCUGGACGGAACAAAACGUUCUUGUGUUACCUGGUGGACCAGGGGCCCGGAGCCAGCGGGCUCCUCAGGGGCUUCAUCGAGGACGAGCACGCGAGCGGCCACGCCGAGGAGGCCUUCUUCCAGCAGGUGCUGCCCAACUACGACCCCGCCCUCAAAUACACCGUCACCUGGUACAUGUCGUCCAGCCCGUGCUCCGCCUGCGCCGCCAAGCUGGCAGAGAUCCUGAAGGCCAGGAAGAGCCUCCAUCUGUCCAUCUACUCCGCGCGGCUCUUCGAGUGGGAGGAGCCUGAGAUCCAGGCGGGGCUAAAGGCGCUGGCGGCCGCCGGCUGCAAACUGCGCAUGAUGAAGCCGCUGGAUUUCACCUACACCUGGAACACGUUCGUGGAGAAUGACGAGCAGACGUUCGUGCUGUGGGAGGACUGCCAGGAGAACUACGAGUAUUACCAAGACAAACUGGCCGACAUCCUGCAGUGAUGAUCUCUGAGACGAUCUGGACACCGAACAGAGUCUGAAGUCAGCUGUUUGUGUGUCUGUCUCAGAAUAUCUGAUUUCAUCUGAUGACUCAGGGCUCCUUCACUGAAGCUUCUGGGUCAAGAUGUUCUGAGGGGCAUCCUAAACCUAUUUUUGUCAAUUAAAGCAAUUGUUUUUGAUCUCUUGCAGGCUAAAGAAGCCAUAGUCGACAGACUCCUGUCCAACAGUGAAGAGAAUGUGUGUGUGUUUGUGUGAACGAGAGAGAGAAAUGUGUGCCAAAAACACUGUUUUCACCUUCUGCGUCCACACUUUGAGAAGUGUUUAAAUACAUUAUGUGAAAUACUAGAAUACUUACAGACUCAUUUAGUAACCUUCUCUCAUGUUUCUGUAGUUCUGUGAAAUAAAGAGGAUUUAUACUUUUUAAUAAUUAGUUUUAUACGUUGUUUUGCUGCGACACGUUUCAUAUUGCAUACAGUUUAUAUUCAUCAUUUUAUAUUCACGCUGGUCUAAGUACAAAUUCAUACUGAGCACUGUGAAAUAUGAUUUUGUAUUAAUUAAACUGAAAGUAAUGUUGCAGGUGUGUAUGAAAGUGUUGGAAUUAUUGUGCAAGCAAUAAAUAAAUAUAAAUGUCACAUGAGGAA